GUGAACACGGUGUACCAGUCCUGCUGAACUCCGUCCCCCUGCAUCCUGCAGAAGCAGCGAUGCAGCAGACGCAGUUGCCUCAUUUCAUCUCCGGGCUUCAUGGCUGCAGGAUGGACUCUCAUCAGCAUCUUCAUCACCUCUUCUUCCUGCUGCCACCGGGGGACUCUUCAUCAUCCAGCAAGUGUGGCGGGAACCGAGGCUCUUCUGCGAUGCACAACUUCCCCCUGCAGAAAUGUCCAGCUGUGAGGGCUCCUAGGAUCCCUCUGUAGAGACAGCAGUGGAGAGGUUAGAGCUCCUUCGCUCAUCAAUGUCUCUCACUCCGAGUCGAAAGCCUUCCUCAGGUCAGCGCAGGCGCUCAGCAGAGACGAGUGUGGGCAGCGGGAGAUGUUCCCACAGUGACACAUCCAGUACUCACACCUACCCAGCUAGAGUGAGGACAACUGAUGGCAGCCCCACAGCCCGGACAUAUCCAAGUACACCCAGACGUCAGGCAAAGCAUACAACGUGCAGCGACAACCAUGGGAUCAGGCCUCCCACCCCCGAGCAGUACCUCACACCUCUGCAGCAGAAGGAGGUGUGUAUACGACACCUACGAGCCAGGCUGAGGGACAACGUGGAGAGACUGCAGCACAGAGACUAUGAAAUCGACGAGUUGAGGACCCAGCUGUACAGGAUGCAGGAGGACUGGAUCGAGGAGGAGUGUCACCGGGUGGAGGCCCAGAUGGCUCUCAAAGAGGCCCGCAAGGAAAUCCAGCACCUUCAUGAGGUCAUGGAGUCAGUGCGAUCCAACCUGGGUGUCCACGAUCAGGACCCCCAUGAUCCCAAGCCAUACUCAGGGUUACACGGAGCUCGACCAGGCGGUAGGUCUCGCUCCUGUGGGUGUUCCCCUGCCAGCACAUUGAGCCGCAGCACCGCACACACCAGGGUGAGCAGCGAGGCUCUGCAGCUGGAGCGUAGCCCAAACGCUCCAGAGUCGACUAGAGCAUCUCGCCCACCCGGACAGACACAUCUGCUCCUGGAGGCCGCCCUCCUGUCAGAGCAGCUCCCACAACAGGGUCACAUCCGCGGCCCCCCACGCUCUGCCACCUUUGAAAGACUCUGCAGCGGGGGGGCAGUGUUGCCAGUCUCACACUCCUGCCACUCCCUCAGUAGUAGCAGCUGCAAGUGCAGCGGCCACUCCUACCUCCCUCAUCAUCACCUGUUCCUGCACUUACCUCAAGAGGAGCCCCCACAGACGGCUGCAGCUGCUGCUACCCCUGUUUCUGACCCCAUCCCAACCCCGAGUCCUGCCACUGAGAGGAAACCAGAGGUGCGCUCUCAGGCCUGCAGCCCCACCAUGACGUGGCUAUGUGAAGAGACGGCCGCAGAAGAAGAGUUGAGCAUCAUUUCUUUACCCACAGUAGAUGUCACCCCAUCAGAACCACAGCCUCUUCAAGUGUCUCUUCCUGCUGUUUCCCCUCCUGAGAAUCCAUACAGCAUAGAGCCACUUCCACCUGACCCUUCUGAGGAGGUAACAAAGAAGCCAGCAGAGCCCCAGACCUGCCAGCCCCACCCUACAGCCCCGCUUCCUGUGAAGCAGGAGGCGACGGUGCUGCAGUUAGACGAGACUGAUACAGAUGAAACUGAAGCUACAGACGAGGACAGCCACCCUCCUCAGCUCUGCCACUGGAGCCGCUACUUCCUCAUAGAUCUGUUGGCGCUGGCGAUGCCGGUGGUCCCGACCGUGGCAUGGCUUUGUCGGGGAGCGCCACGCGAAGUCGUGCCCGUGUAUCACAUCGGGUCCCUGCUGAGAGGGUGCUGCGCUGUCGCCCUCCACUCGCUUCGCCGCCGGAGUGCAGGCAGGGGUCACAGGCCUGCCAGCAUGAAUGGAACCACGUCAAUAUAAGACUUCCUGUUCCCUCUGACAUUAACAAUACAACUCCCAACCUCUGCAGGCAACACCACAACAACGCUAACUUUCUUUUAUUACAUUUUAGCCUCUGCCAUGUGUUUCAGAUUUCCUCUUAUAAGGUUUUUUAGAUUGUACAUUCCUCCCUUGUGAUUUUGUGGUCAUGCCUUGCCCCAGAGAACAAUGGAUUAGUUGUACAUUAUUAAACACUUUCAUUACUCAAGUAUACUUACUGCUUCUGCCUGCAGUUUAAGUGGUUUUCUCUGUAUUGGAAUUUGCAUGUAGCCCACAGUUUGAUCGGGUUUUCUUGCUUGAACUAAAAAACCCCGACUUGAAUUUAGAUCAGCCAUCCUUUAGGCAAAAAUGCUUGGUUUAUUUUAUGAAAAGAAAUAAUAAGAGAGUCUGCCUGAUUCUCUUUUUCUGUCAUCAUGUUUUUAAAUGUUAAUAAGGAAUGAUUAAGUCAUGAGAGUCAUUACUUUUCUGCAAAGACAAGAUCCAUAAAAUCAGAAAGAUUAAUUACAGUCAGUAUUUUUCUAGCUUACUCAGAGAGCAGAGUGAAUGUAGGCAGCAGGAAGAGGAAAGCAUUCAUUUUUGUAAUUCUUUCCCUCCAUGAACAUACUGACUAUGAAAAAAGCAGAGCAUGUGCAUCAAAUCUGGUACUCAGGUGCGGAACAAACAGAUCAUUGUUCUUUUUGCCAAUAAACCUAAC